AUGCUCAUCGCUGUGCGCCCCUCGGCGCCCCUAUCCCCCCUUACAGGCGCGCUCGUCCUCGGGCUGCUCUUUGCGUCCGCGCUCCUCACUCUCGCCGCCCGACCGAAAUGCGUGCUGUACUCGAAUUGGGACUUGACGGACAAGCAGCAGACGCAGUCGAAGAAGGGCGGCAAGUCCUCCAAGUCGCUGCCCACUGGCAGACUCACCAUCAAGGAGUACAAGGGCAGCGACGACGAGUCGUUCGACCUGCAGGUGACUGCGGAGGUCAGCGAGUUACCCGAACCCCCGGUGGGGAUCGUGAUUGGAAAGGGCAAGUUCGGCAGCAACACGGGCGUCUCGUGGUACAUCAACAAGCCGUGGAGCGGCGGCGGCGGCUCGUACAAGCUCGACUUCAAGCUGACGGCCAUUGAGAAGAUCAAGCCACGUGGCGGCAGCGGGACCAUCCUGGAGGUGCUGCAGGCCGUGGAUAAGGGUGUCGUGUCGGAUUACUACACCGCUGUUCUCACCAAGUCGACCAGGAAAUCCGGUGGCCUCGUUGGUGGCGGGUUCGUCAAAGGCUUCCCCAAUAUUCUGCCCAUGUUCAGCUGCUGA